GGGACCCGAGCGCGGCGGCGAGCGGCGUGGCUGCCCCGGGGCCAUGUGGACGGGUGGCCGGCGGCCGGGCCGGCUCCGCCGGGCGGCCUCUGCCGCAGACAUGGAGAAACUCAGGCUGCACCAUUCUGGGCUUCGUUGUGACUGUAACGUAGGGGGUGACGGGGGCAAAGUGCAGGGAGUGACGGAGCAAAGCGCACACCCAGGGCACUGAACGGCAGCUUGAACCUUAGCCUCACUCGUGGCUAACAGCCAGCAGAACUCCCCUGGCGCCCCUCACCCACCGGGCCGCUCUCCCUUCCCUGCAGAAAUCAGCCCUCCCGGCUAUAAAGCGCGCUGCAGGAGCAGAAGGGCGAGCUGCGCAAGCGGCUGUCCUACACCACGCACAAGCUCGAGAAGCUCGAGACCGAGUUCGACUCCACCCGCCACUACCUGGAGAUCGAGCUGCGCCGAGCGCAGGAGGAGCUGGAGAAGGUCACGGAGAAGCUGCGCAGGAUUCAGAGCAACUACAUGGCGCUGCAGAGGAUCAACCAGGAGCUGGAGGACAAGCUGUACCGCAUGGGCCAGCACUAUGAGGAAGAGAAACGAGCGCUUAGCCACGAGAUCGUCGCCCUCAACAGCCACCUGCUGGAGGCCAAGGUGACCAUCGACAAGCUAUCGGAGGACAACGAGCUCUAUAGGAAGGACUGCAAUCUAGCGGCCCAGCUGCUGCAGUGCAGCCAGACGUACGGCAGGGGCCAUAAGGUGUCCGAGCUGCCCUCAGAGUUCCAGGAGCACGUGAGCCUGCACAUGGAGAAGCAAGGCUGCAGCCUGCCCUCCCCGCUCUGCCGCCCGGCCUACGCUGACAGUGUCCCCCCCUGCGUCCUCGCCAAGGUGCUGGAGAAGCCAGAUCCCGGCAGCCUGUCCUCCCAUCUGUCGGAUGCCUCAGCCCGUGACCUGGCCUUCCGCGACAGGCUGGAAAAGCCGGGCCCCCGGCCCCCCUACAAGGGGGACAUCUACUGCAGCGACACGGCCCUCUACUGCCCCGAGGAGCGGCGCCGUGACCGGCGGCCCAGUGCGGACGGGCCCGUGACCGACGUGGGCUUCCUGCGGGCCCAGAAUUCCACUGACAGCGCGGCCGAGGAGGAGGAGCCCGAGGCGGCGGCCUACCCCGCGGGCUACCGGCACGGGGCCUUCGGGGGCUACGCGGCCUCGCUGCCCACGUCCAGCUCCUACUCGAGCUUCAGCGCCGCGUCGGAGGAGAAGGAGCACGCCCAGGCCAGCACGCUCACCGCCUCGCAGCAGGCCAUCUACCUGAACAGCCGCGACGAGCUCUUCGGCCGCACGCCGCCUGCGGCCUACGGGGGCAGCCCGCGCUAUGCCUCGGCCGCGGCUGCGGUGGCCGCCCCGCUCGAGGCCGAGGCGGCCCCGGGGUUCGCGAGGACUGUGUCGCCGUACCCCGCCGAGCCCUACCGCUUCCCGGUCUCCCCCGGCCCCCAGCCCGCCCUGAUGCCCCCCAACCUGUGGAACCUGCGGGCCAAGCCGGGGUCGGCCCGGCUGGCCGCAGAGGACGUGCGCGGCCAGUGGCGGCCGCUGAGCGUGGAGGACAUCGGCGCCUACCCCUUCCCGGCCGCUUCUGCGGCCGCCGCCGCCGCCCCCGGCCGCGCCUCGCCCGGCGGCUUCAACGACCGCUACUUCGGGGCCGGAGGCGGCCCGGGCGAGAAGGCCGAGGGCCGCGCCAGCCCCCUCUAUGCCAGCUACAAGGCUGACAGCUUCUCGGAGGGCGAUGACCUCUCCCAGGGCCACCUGGCCGAGCCCCGCUACCUCCGGGCGGCCGGUGACCUGAGCCUCAGCCCCGGCCGCUCGGCUGAGCCCCUGCCCAGCUACGCGGCCAGCGAGGGGGAGCGGGAGAGGCUCGGGGUGCAGCUCUGUGGGGCGGGGGGCAGCCCCGAGCCCGAGCACAGCCCUCGGAGCUCCAGGGAUUCCCUGGAGCCCAGCUCCAUGGAGGCCUCCCCGGAGAUGCACCCCGGCGCCCGCCUCAGCCCACAGCCCGCCUUCCCUCGGACUGGCGGCUCGGGGCUCAGCCGCAAGGACAGUCUCACAAAAGCCCAGCUCUACGGAACCCUGCUCAACUGAGCACCCACGUGCAGGCCUCGGCCGUGGCCACCCCGCACACCGGGUCCCGAGGGGUGCUGCCUCGCCUCCCUGAUACCCGUCCUCCCGGCCCCGCAAACGAGGACCCCGUUGAGCCGGGGGAGGGGGCGCACCCCACCCACGUGUCUCGUCCGCCCCCGCACCGCCACGGUGGACCGUUUCUCACACAGCAGCCUCCUUCCCCACCGGAGAUGAGCAUCCCCCCUUUUAUAAAGCGCAACUAUUUUUAUAGAGCAAAAGGGUCUUUCUUAACGCACUCAGCCUCCAGCUCCCUGGAUGGUGGCCUAGGCGUUUUCGACGCGACGCUCCUUGAUUUUCGGGUGAGGGUGAGUGGGGCCUGCCCCUCAGAGGGAAGGACGGUGUCCUGCGGAGACCCCCCGCCAGCCAGUGACAAGGGAACCCUGACGCUCUGUCCACAAAGAGGGGGACUGGAACGGGUGGAGGGAUGUGUAACGUUUUCAGCUGUUCUUGCCGUGUGGCCGACGACCGACCACCCCCCAGCUCCCCCGUGGUCCGUAGUCCCAAGUGGGGCCGGUGCUCGUCCCCCCAGUGUCCCGCUCCCUGGUACCACCUCGCUCUACCUCAGAUGUAAUGAGGCCCUCCGACCCCGGUUUCUGUAGCUUGCUUUCCUGUCGUCUGUGAUGCAUGCCCCGUCUCAGUACUGUAUUUUGCAUUCAUUAAUAAAAGACG